AUGGUUGAUGCUGCUAAUCGUGGAUGGCGUGAUAAUAAUAGUGUAUUUAGCAAACUAACUGUAGAAAGUAAGAUACUUCCUACGCUAAAUGAAGCACUUGGAUGUAAUAAAAAUUAUUCUCAAUAUCAGAGUCGCUUGAAAUGGUUUAAAACGCAUUAUCAAACAUUUUCUCAACUCAUGUGUUUCAACUCUGGUUUUGGAUGGGAUGCAACCACACAAAGAUUCACUGCCACAGAUGAAAUAUGGGAUAAUUACUUUAAGUCUCAUCCAAACCAGAAACACCUUCGAACAGACACUUUUGCUGACUUUGAGGAUUUAAAAAUUGCUGUUGGAAAUGGAACUGCCAUUGGAAAAAACUCUAUUGGAUUGGGAGACGAUACAGAUGCAAAAAUUUAUGGACAAGAUGAAAGUACACAUGGUAGGAUAGAUGACUAUGUAUAUGAUGAGAUUAACGAGAAUGCCACUCGAGUUGAUCUUCUAGAAAAACUUUCUCAUGGUUUGGACUCGAUUGGAAAAAUUGCCACUGAAAUUCGGGAUAACAUUGGUCGCUAUAAAGCACUUGCAUUGAUUCAGAAAAUGGGAGUUAAAGAUGCAUUCUUGAAGAUGUUACCUGAAGAGCGCUCAGAAUGGAUAUCAUUUAAUAUGGAAUGA